AUGGCUUUAGUCUUUAGAACAGCAAUGCAGUCGGUUGGGCUUUCAUUAUCAUUGCUGGGAUGGGUUUUAUCCAUCACUACAACUUAUCUGCCACACUGGAAGAACCUCAACCUGGACUUAAAUGAAAUGGAAAACUGGACCAUGGGCCUGUGGAAAACCUGCGUCAUCCAGGAAGAGGUGGGGAGGCAAUGCAAGGACUUCGAUUCCUUCCUGGCUUUGCCGACUGAGCUCAGGGUCUCUCGGAUUUUAAUGUUCCUGUCAAAUGGGCUGGGGUUUCUAGGCCUGCUGGUCUCCGGGCUGAGCCUGGACUGUUUGAGAACUGGACAGAGACUGCAAGAUCUCAAGAGGCAACUGCUAAUCCUGGGAGGAAUCCUGCUCUGGACCUCGGGAAUCGUGGCCCUCAUUCCAGUCUCUUGGGUUGCUCACAUCACAGUGCAGGAGUUCUGGGAUGAGACCAUCCCAGAGAUUGUCCCCAGGUGGGAGUUUGGGGAAGCCCUCUUUCUUGGCUGGUUUUCUGGGAUUUCUCUUCUGCUGGGAGGGAGUGUGCUUCACUGUGCAGCCUGCUCAGCCUCAGCUCCUGGAGCUCUGGGCCACUAUGCAGUGGCAGAAAUAGGACCUCAGUGUUCACACCUGGACAAUGGAACAGCAGAUCCUCAAGUGUAAGGGCCAGCAAAGCCAGCAUUAUACUCUGUGUCAGCUGCGUUGAUGAAGAGGUCUUUUUUAAGCAACUAAAUUUGUGCUGCUUACAUUUUCUCACUCAGUAAUUAUUUUUCUAUACAGAUUCUUGCCUCCUAAGUGUGGAGAACAAUGAAGGGAAAUUUUAUGUCUAAAAGGAAACUUUAUGGUGAGCAUUAUAUAGGUAUGAAUGACAAAGUGUUACUGAUCUGGUUAUGUAGAUCAACAUGUAGUGGCUGUUUAAUAUCUUCAGGCUGGAGCUUUACUGCAUUAAUUUUAUAUUGUGAAGUGUUGUUACUUUUGUUGGUAGCUACAAAUGAAUAGUUUCUGUUCUCUAAAAGACAAUAAUAACUAUCUGUUGUACAUUUAAUAAAACUACAUGG